CCUUCCCGGGACCUUUGCCUUGCUUCCUUCCUUCCUUCUGCCCCAUUUUCCUGGCCUCUCCCUGGACUGAGUUAAUGAUUCCAGGGCCUCCUCCACCUGGGCCCAGCGCCCUAUAAUGCCAAGCACAGAGAGAGAGACGGAGAGCGAGAGAGCAUGGCUGCAAGGCUCUGGCUCUGGCUGGCUGCUCUCUGGGUCCUGAGUGGCUCCCGGGGGGCCCAGAGCGAAGGUGGUGCGGAGGGGGCCUUCCCGGAGGUGGCCACCCAGUUCGGCCGGCUGCGUGGGCGAGAGGCGCCUCGGGUGAGGGGCUCCGUGGGGAAGGUGCAUGCCUUCCUGGGGGUGCCCUUUGCCCGGCCCCCCACUGGCACCCUCCGCUUCGCCCCUCCGCAGCCCCCCUUGCCCUGGGAGGGCAUCCGUGACGCCACGGACUAUGCCGCAGUUUGCCCCCAGAAGCUGGAGACCCUCCGAGGAGUGGCCCAAAGGUGGAAGGAGAAGCACCCGCCCUUCCGGACCUCCGAGGAUUGUCUGUACAUGAACAUUUAUGUCCCGGCUCCCGUGGACAAGGCGGACAGGCUCCCGGUGAUGGUCUUCAUCCACGGGGGCAACUUUGUCUUCGGCACGUCUUCCCGGUAUGAUGGAUCGGCCCUGGCGGCUUACGGAGAGGUGGUGGUGGUCACCCUCCAGUACCGGCUGGGCAUCCUGGGCUUCUUCAGCACCGGGGACGCCAGUGCCCGAGGGAACUGGGCCCUGCUGGACCAGGUGGCCGCUCUCCGCUGGAUCCAGGAGAACAUCGGGGCCUUUGGGGGAGACCCGGGGCGCGUCACCAUCUUUGGCCUCUCCGGAGGUUCCUUCUGUGUCUCCAGCCACGUCCUGUCUCCGAUGUCAAAGGGCUUGUUCCAGGGCGCCAUCCUCCACAGCGGCAUUGCCCUCCUCCCUGGGGCCUACCGUGCCGACCCUCGGCCGAGCGCAGAGAGACUGGCCCGAAGCCUUGGCUGCACAACGUCUACUUCGGAAGCCAUGGUGGCCUGUCUCCGAGGGAAGAGCGCCGAGGAGCUGACGGCGGAGGAGGUCUUCUCUCUGCAAAUCGGGCCGGUUCUGGAUGGAGAGUUCAUGCCGAAGCAUCCAGAAGAGAUCUUGUCAGGAAAGGAAUUCAACGCCGUGCCCCUUAUGGCUGGGGUCACCAACAACGAAAUGGGCUGGAACGUGCGUGUGACAAUUCCCGAACUAAUGGACCUGGGAAGCCGGGAGAAGAUCCUCGCUGUUGCAAAAGCCUUCUUUCCUACAUGGAACAUCCCCCUCGGGGCGUUGCCGAUGCUCCUGGAGGCCUACCUUGGGGACACGGAUGACACGGAUGCACUUCGGGACGGGUUCCUGGACCUGCUGGGAGACGGGUUCCUAGUGAUCCCCACCAUCAGGACCAUCAACUAUCACAAAGAGUCCGGGGCCCCCGUCUACUUCUUUGAGUAUCAGCACCGGCCCAGUUUGUACCACGACACCAAGCCCCCCUUCGUGAAGGCGGACCACGGGGACGAUAUCAGCUUUGUCUUCGGGGGGCCCUUCCUCACGGGGGACAUCCGCCUGCGGGAUGAGGCCACCGAGGAGGAGGAGGAGCUCAGCCAGGCCCUGAUGCGCUCCUGGGCCAACUUUGCCCGUCGCGGGGACCCCAACGGGGGUGGUCUGCCAGAGUGGCCCCCCUACAAUGCAGCUGGCCAUUAUCUGGAGCUGAACCUGACGCAGAAGGUGUCCCGGGGCCUGAAGGAGCAGCGAGUGGGGCUCUGGGCAGAGGCUCUCAACGGGAAGGGGCCUCCAGGGAGCCACACAGAACUGUGAGGAGGGGCCCCUUUCUGAAGAAGGACCGGCGGAGGCCGGCAAAAUCCCACAAAGGACUGCAAAACUCAUCUGGAUCUCGUGAGGAAUCAAUGCUGCAGUUGAGAUCUCAGUGUUUCCGUCCUUUCUUCUAUUUCCGAGACCCAAAAUAAAUCCUUCUGUACCUUCCUCAUGAUCACGACCCAGAAUGACCCCCAUGGUCACAACCCAACCUUUCCAUUCCAGCCAGACUGGGUCUGGGACCCAUUCCUCAGCCUCCCAGAGGGGCCCCUUGACCCCCUGAUCCCGGACCACAGGCUCCCUUCUAUUGCACUUCCCAGAGGCUCUGUGGCUGUCCCCAAGAAAACAAAAUCAAUAAACAAGCAAAAUAUUUAGGAAUAAACAUAACAACGAAUAACAAAGAUCUGUAUAAAAAUAACUGAAAAAACCUGGAAUAAAAUAAAAAAUGAUCUGAAAAAAUGGAUGAAUCUGGAUAUCUCUCUUCUAGGAUGGAUAGCUACAAUAAAAAUGAAUAUCUUACCUAGACUAUGGCGACCACGAAGGGACACUCCGCUUGGGGAGGUCCAAAAGAAAUUUUAGAAGAAUGAGGUCAAAUUAUUGAGUGGAGGGCUCGAUAACAACUAUGCUUCUUGUUCCAGAACAUUCCAAUUGACAUCACGGAAAAAGAAUUUACUAAUUGGAAUGUUGAACUUACGAAAUUUAUUUGGAGAGGGAAGAAACCGAGAAUAAAGAUGAAAAAUUUACAAGAUACUAAACAAAGAGGAGGACUGGUUCUCCCAAACCUAAAAUUAUACAGGGAAGCAGCUAUAUUGAUUUGGUUAAGAGAAUGGAUCCAUCUUGACAAUCAAAGUCUCAUAACUCUGGAAGGAGGUAGUUUAAAAUUUGGCUUACAUGCAUAUUUAAUUUAUGGGAAAGUGGCAGAAGACUCAAACUUUAAUAAACACCCAAUUAGGAAAACCCUGAUGAAUACUUUGAAGAAAUAUUUUAAAAAAUUACACAAAUUUACCACACAAUAAACAUUGAAAGAAAGUAAAGAAUAAGGAAUGAAAAAACUGGGAUCAAAAUAAGGGAACUAAAAAUUGCAAUGGAAGAAGGGGGCUGCGAUCGCACAACUUUGAAUCCGUCGAAAAUGUUUAAGAAAUAAAGGAAAAAAUCAUA